AUCAGAUAGCUCAACAUGAACUUUAACCGUCAAGAUCAUUUGAAAAGUGAACAGAACAAUAUUUUUCCUUCUGAGAGCUGGCUACAGGAUUCUGAGUUUCUCUUGCAGUGUUGUCCUAUUCACUACCUUUUCCUAAAACAGGACGUGGAGCUAUGGUCCUUUCUUCAUGUUAGGUGCUAAUUAAGUUAUUUGCUUCAUCAGAGGAAAUGCAUAUCCAUGAAAUUAUGUUUUGUGCAAGUUGUCGUUAAGUCUAUUGGCAAUGUCUAUGAUUUUAUCUGCCUCUGUGGUCCGUGUGAGGGAUGGACUCCCACUGUCUGCAUCUACUGAUUAUGACCAGAGCACGGGAAUGCAAGAAUGUAGAAAAUAUUUUAAAAUGCUCUCAAAGAAACUUUCUCAGCUUCCUGAUAGAUGUACUCUGAAAACUGGGCAGUAUAAUAUAAACUUUAUAAGUUCUCUGGGAGUAAGCUAUAUGAUGUUGUGCACUGAAAAUUAUCCCAGUGUCCUGGCUUUCUGCUUCCUGGAUGAGCUUCAGAAAGAGUUCAUCACUACCUACAAUAUGAUGAAGACAAAUACCGCUGUCAGACCAUACUGUUUUAUAGAGUUUGAUAAUUUCAUUCAGAGGACCAAACAGAGAUACAACAACACACGUUCUUUGUCAACAAAGAUGAAUCUUGCUGACAUGCAGACAGAAAUCAAACUGAGACCACCUUAUCAAAUUUCCAUGUCAGAACUUGGUUCAGCUAAUGGGUUCGCACAUUUAUCUGUGGCGGAAUAUAAGGGUACUGGUAAGAUAUCUGCAGCUCCUCAUCAACGUCUGGAACCUGUGACUCUGCCAGGGAUUGUCUCAUUUGUACUUAGUCUGUUAUGUGGGGCUUUGAAUUUAAUUCGUGGCUUUCAUGCCAUAGAAAGUCUUCUCCAGAACGAAGGUGAAGAUUUCAGCUAUGUUAUUGCAUUUUUUCUUGGAACAGCAGCCUGUUUGUACCAGUGUUACCUGUUUGUAUACUACACGGGCUGGAGGAAUGCCAAAUCCUUCCUGACUUUUGGGUUAAUUUGCCUGUGUAACAUGUAUCUCUAUGAACUGCGCAACCUGUGGCAGCUGUUCUUUCAUGUGACUGUGGGAGCAUUUUGUACCUUACAAAUUCGACUGCGACAACCACAGGGAAAGUCCCCUGAUUACAAUGUCUGACAAGUCCUGGAACAUUUAGAGGCAGUCUUGUUCCAACAGUUAUUCACUCUCAGGAAUGUAAAGCUGUUCUCCAAAAGAAGAAGCUGUCUGGAUGGGGGUUGGUUUUGUUUUGGGUUUUUUUUUUUCUAAUUUUAAAAUAAAGCAAUGUAAGAUGCC